CUUGUCUUGUCGCGGGGCAGCUUUCUCCUGAAUUCCAUCAGCAACAACCUCACCCUCACACACCGACUUGACCCUGCGAUCCUCAGAACCGCGAAUAUGUCUACGGUUCACAUCAAGUCUCCGACGGAGUUUCAGACGCUCCUGUCGAGCUCCAGAAUUGUCGUUGCUGACUUCUAUGCCGACUGGUGUGGUCCCUGCAAGGCCAUCGCGCCCCUCUACGAGCAACUUUCGUCGUCGCUCUCCCGCAAGAAUGCCGUUACCUUUGUCAAGAUCGAUAUCGAGGCCCACAAGGAGAUUGCCGCCGCCUACAAUGUCACCUCGCUCCCCACCUUCAUGAUCUUCCGCGAAGGCAAGACCAUCGAGAAGGUCCAGGGCGCCGACCCCCGCAAGCUUCAGGAGGUGGUCAAGAAGCUGGCCAAGGAGGUUUCCGAGACCGGCUCCAGCUCUGGCGAGGCCUCCGGCAACUCGAGCGGCGGCAGCUGGAGAGGCGCGGGACUUCCUCGUGGCUACGGCGACAUCACCGACCAGGUCGAGGCUAGAGGCUGCGAGCUUCUCAACGCCGACGAGGACUUUGGCCCUGUCCGCGUUCUGUUCGACACAUCCAAGCCCAGUGCGCUGACCAAGAAGGAGGGUGUGAAGGAUUGGGUGGAGAGCGGCGCCGACGACCAGCUUCUGCUGUUCAUGCCCUUCCAGUCCAUGUUGAAGCUCCAUACCCUUCAGCUCACAUCUCUUCCUCCUGCCGACGACGAGGAGGCUCCGAUGCGCCCUGGCACCAUCCACCUCUACACGAACAAGCCGCACAACCUCGACUUUAGCGAAGCCGACGACACCCCUCCCACGCAAGCCAUCGAGCUCACUGAGAAGGACUGGAACGCCGACGGCACUGCCAACAUUGGGCUGCGCUUCGUCAAGUUCCAGAACAUCAACAGCCUGAUCAUCUACGUCACCAAGGGUGACGGCGACGGCGAGAAGGUGCGCCUCGACCGUGUGCGCCUCAUUGGCGAGUCGGGUGAAAAGAGAGAGAUGGGCAAGCUAGAGAAGAUUGGCGACGAGGCCGGCGAGUAGAAGCCAAUGGCCCACACCACGAUCUGAUCAGCGGCCAGUGGAGAAUAUCAAGAGAGAAAAACUCUGCACGCGAGGCCCUGUGCUACGAAAAUCAUGAAUAGAGCAAUAGCUAUAGAUGUUGCCGGCCGUCAUUGGCCAUCGGGAAUUGAAAAUCCAACAGGAUACGAGAACAGUUAAUUGCAUUCGUGACGUUCAGAAAUAUCAUGCACGGCCAGCUUCAACACUGGGCGCGCAUACACACUGCGCGCACCUAGGAUUUGCUUCGAAAUGUAGACAUGCCGUGUUUCUGCUGUAAUACACCAAGAGCCGCCUCAGUGGGCAUCACGGUUCCAAAGGCUACGCUUUGCCACACGUAGUCAUACUCUACGCAUUGCUUCCAUCCACGAAAGGAUUUUUCGAGUUUUGAGUAUGUCCGGCCCGACGAUCGCGAUCCAACCCGCUGAGGGGCAGACAGGAUCAGUGAAGGACGAGGCCGGCUGCAAUUAAAUUCGAUCUGGGGCACGACUGACGCCAUGAAUUCACCGACUUAGGAAUUCUAGCAACAGGGGAAACUGUAACGAGUCGUGCCAGCCGCACGAAGAAAAAAAGAAGAAAAAGGAAAGCCUCCGUU